CAGAGAAGGAUGAUGACAGCAGGCCCAGGAUGAAGAAGAGGAGGAAGAACACGUUUAACAAUUUUCUCAUAAACUUGCCAUGUGUUAUAAUAAAAACAAUGAACAUGGCUACAAUAAUAUGCUAAAUGUUAUUAAAAGAUUCCAGUUUGCAAGAAAUCUGAGUGUCUGACUCUACACUAGAGGAACUCUUUUCUGAAGAAGAUCAGGUGCUGAGAAGCCGCCUUGUUCUACAGCACAACACUGCAUCAAGCCUCCUGUCCUUCCCUCAGAAGAGCCUGUCUUCUGCUGCUGGGCUCGAGCUCGAGGCCGUGGGGAAGCAGAUUCGCGACCUGGAACAGAAGCAGGCCCAGCUGAGAGCGGAGAGCCGCGCUGGAAUCAUCCCGGGCUGACGCUCACAAGUCCGGGGUAAGUAUACAGCGUGCUGUUAACAGUCCCACCACGUCUACUCCGUGUGUUUCUCUGAGCAGGCCCGGUGCACCCAGGACGCGAUCUUCCCAGAUGUCCUUCACUGCGACGCCGGGACACCACGGACCCUGGGUGCAUCCACAGCGGAGGACGCGAGCCGGGCCCCGAGCGACGACUUCUCCCCCUCCUGCCUUCGAGAUCUCCAUCCAGAACCGCUUCGCUCCCCUCCGUGAGACAGGACGCGACGCUGUGAUCAUCGGAGACUCCAUCGUCCGACACAUACCCGCGAUCCUGAAGGACGGCGAGAGCCCCAGAGCGGUCGUGCUUCACGCCGGGGUUAACGACACCACGCUGCGGCAGACGGAGACGCUGAAGAGGGACUUCAGGAGCCUGAUCGAGACGGUUCGCAGCACGACGCCCGCGGCGACGAUCGUCGUGUCAGGACCACUGCCCACGUAUCGACGAGGACACGAAAGGUUCAGUAGACUUUUUGCUUUAAAUGAAUGGUUGUUGUCAUGGUGUAAAGAACAGAAAUUGCUAUUUGUUAAUAACUGGAAUCUUUUCUGGGAGCGUCCUAGACUGUUUCGCGCUGAUGGAUUACACCCCAGCAGAGUCGGAGCGGAGCUGCUCUCUGACAACAUCUCCAGGACACUUCGCUCCAUGUGACUAGAUUUGCUAGUAACUAGGAUUAACUCAAGCUCCAGUCUGGAUCCAGAACACCUGAGAAGAGAUGAUGCUGACCCUCAGAGGACCUCAGAUGAUGCUAACCCUGAAUCAACAACAGAACUAACAAUUAUUGCUACAUGUGUGACUGCAUCAUAUAAUAACUAUUAAUUAAUAAUAUUGAUAGUUCAUCGUCUAGCUGACUACGUCUUGUAUUAUAAUUAUUAUUUAUUUAUUUUUUCUAAAAUCCUGUCAAACGUGAACAAACUACUAGCUACUACUAAAUAUUGUAGAAACAUUUUCUGUAAAGUUGCUUUGUAAUGUUUGUAAUGUAAUGUUGACAUUUCUUUAAAUGGUUCUUAAAUGUACAAUAUGUGCUUUGAUUUCUGAUGAUUAAGGGAAUGCGGUUUCAUUCAGUAGCAGCUCGAACAGAAAAGGAAGUAUGACCAAAUACACUUUUUCUAAAGGGAAUGACACAAUCUCCCCACGCUGCACCUCUGGUUCUGCUGUGAUCAGCUGUACGGAUGUUAACAAACUGGUGGAGUGGAGGGGAUGAUAAACCCUUAAUACUUUUGUAUAGAAGACAUAGAUUUGAGUAUUUGACCAUGUUUUCCCAACUGAGUAAUCUGUGUUUUUGUAAUAUUGGACAAUGAUGAGAAAUAAUUGGUUUCUUAUCCAGAA